AUGGGAGGGAAUCCACAGAAAUUUGACGACUCUUCCAUGGCUGUCCCUGAACUGAAUGAUAACCUCAGCAAUGAUAACCUCAACAAUGAUAACCUCAACAAUGAUAACCUCAACAAUGAUAACCUCAACAAUGAUAACCUCAACAAUGAUAACCUCAACAAUGAUAACCUCAGCAAUGAUAACCUCAACAAUGAUAACCUCAGCAAUGAUAACCUCAACAAUGAUAACCUCAGCAAUGAUAACCUCAGCAAUGAUAACCUCAGCAAUGAUAACCUCAGCAAUGAUAACCUCAACAAUGAUAACCUCAACAAUGAUAACCUCAACAAUGAUAACCUCAGCAAUGAUAACCUCAACAAUGAUAACCUCAGCAAUGAUAACCUCAACAAUGAUAACCUCAACAAUGAUAACCUCAACAAUGAUAACCUCAGCAAUGACAACCUCAACAAUGAUAACCUCAGCAAUGAUAACCUCAACAAUGAUAACAUCAGCAAUGAUAACCUCAACAAUAAUAACCUCAACAAUGAUAACAUCAGCAAUGAUAACCUCAGCAAUGAUAACCUCAGCAAUGAUAACCUCAGCAAUGAUAACCUCAGCAAUGAUAACCUCAACAAUGAUAACCUCAACAAUGAUAACCUCAGCAAUGAUAACCUCAGCAAUGAUAACCUCAGCAAUGAUAACCUCAGCAAUGAUAACCUCAGCAAUGAUAACCUCAAUGAUAACCUCAACAAUGAUAACCUCAACAAUGAUAACAUCAGCAAUGAUAACCUCAACAAUAAUAACCUCAACAAUGAUAACAUCAGCAAUGAUAACCUCAACAAUGAUAACAUCAGCAAUGAUAACCUCAACAAUGAUAACAUCAGCAAUGAUAACCUCAACAAUGAUAACCUCAGCAAUGAUAACCUCAGCAAUGAUAACCUCAGCAAUGAUAACCUCAACAAUGAUAACCUCAACAAUGAUAACCUCAACAAUGAUAACCUCAGCAAUGAUAACCUCAGCAAUGAUAACCUCAGCAAUGAUAACCUCAGCAAUGAUAACCUCAACAAUGAUAACCUCAACAAUGAUAGCCUCAGCAAUGAUAACCUCAGCAAUGAUAGCCUCAGCAAUGAUAGCCUCAGCAAUGAUGACCUCAGCAAUGAUGACCUCAGCAAUGAUAACCUCAACAAUGAUAACCUCAGCAAUGAUGACCUCAACAAUGAUGACCUCAACAAUGAUAACCUCAACAAUGAUGACCUCAACAAUGAUGACCUCAACAAUGAUAACCUCAGCAAUGAUAACCUCAGCAAUGAUAACCUCAGCAAUGAUAACCUCAGCAAUGAUAACCUCAGCAAUGAUAACCUCAACAAUGAUAACCUCAACAAUGAUAGCCUCAGCAAUGAUAACCUCAGCAAUGAUAGCCUCAGCAAUGAUAGCCUCAGCAAUGAUGACCUCAGCAAUGAUGACCUCAGCAAUGAUAACCUCAACAAUGAUAACCUCAGCAAUGAUGACCUCAACAAUGAUGACCUCAACAAUGAUAACCUCAACAAUGAUGACCUCAACAAUGAUGACCUCAACAAUGAUGACCUCAACAAUGAUAACCUCAGCAAUGAUAACCUCAACAAUGAUAACCUCAGCAAUGAUAACCUCAGCAAUGAUAACCUCAGCAAUGAUAACCUCAGCAAUGAUAACCUCAGCAAUGAUAACCUCAACAAUGAUAACCUCAGCAAUGAUAACCUCAGCAAUGAUAACCUCAGCAAUGAUAACCUCAGCAAUGAUAACCUCAACAAUGAUAACCUCAGCAAUGAUAACCUCAACAAUGAUAACCUCAGCAAUGAUAACCUCAACAGUGAUAACCUCAACAAUGAUAACCUCAACAAUGAUAACCUCAGCAAUGAUAACCUCAGCAAUGAUAACCUCAGCAAUGAUAACCUCAACAAUAAAGACCAGUUACCCCAGAUGACGUACUGA